UACUGUAAGUGUUACUUUGGAGCGUGUCCUUGGAUUCACUGCAGUGAACAACUGUUCAGUUGCCUUCGAUUCGAAAAACUCCUGUAUUUAUUAUACGGCUGGGUAAUAUUGUCCAAAACAGUGACCGAUUUUAGAGUAGUAUUGGGCAUACAAUGCACAUUUUACCACCUUUGCUUUCUUUACUUCGUUGAUAGAUGUGUUAUUGUCGCGGAGUCAUGUGACAGUAAUAAGCAGUUUAUAAUACAGAGCCCAACAAGGAAGUCUAUAUGCUGUCUCGAUGUUAGCCAUGACGGGAAAUACAUUGUCACGGGCGAAUUAUUUGUUUACCUCCAGUCGGGACAUCAUCCCAUGGUGCGCAUUUGGAGCCGUGCCGACGGACGCCAGAUUGGAGAACUGGGCAGUCACCACUUUCGCAUCAGUUCCGUCCGAUUCAGUCCAGUUUCUGCGACGCACAUUGUCAGUGUGGGGUGUCAGGAGGACCAAACAAUCUGUGUGUGGGACCGCGUACAGCUUCGGAAGGUCGCCAGUGCUAAGGUCUCCGCACGGGUUAAUGCUGUGGCCUUCAAUGAUGAUGGCGAAUUUUUUGUCACCGUCGGAAUCCGCCACGUUCGAUUCUGGUACAUCGAUUUGAAAAGUCGCCCAAAGGUCAAAGAGACGCAGCCUCUUAAGGGUCGGAACGCCGUCUUGGGUGACAUGCUCCACAACACCUUCACGGACGUGUGCUGUGCUAAACCCGAGGAUCCCUUGAGAAAGGCAAGCGGAGAUCAUCAGGCGCUGACCCUCGUGCUCUCACAGACCGGUCAGUUGCUGCAGAUCAAUGAAAGCCGAUGCGUCACCAAGUGGGUCGAUCUUAAGGUUUCCAACGCGGGUUGCAUGGCCGUAUGUGGGCAGACGGUGGCCGUGGGUUGUUCUUCUGGAGUCUGCCUUCUCUUUUCCGCAAUUAGCCUCAGAUUUAUCGCCCGUGUACCUCUUCCCCAUCCUCUUGGCACGAGCAUAUUUAGCCCCAACUCCCAAAUCCCGUCGUUUGCCACCCCUUCAUCUGGUGACAGCGAGGAACCCCGCUACGCGGAGGUGACGGCCCUAAAACUCGACGUCGCCUCAGGCCACCUCAUCUGCAUGUACACCGACCACAGUCUCUAUUGCUGGGACGUAACAAACCUGAGGUCGAUCAGCCGCCGAUUCGCGCAUUUUUACCACAGCCGUCCCGUGUGCUGCAUUGCAGUGACCAGCCUCCUGCCUGGUUCCGCGUCGGACGUGACCGACGUGGGCCGGUGGGGUGCUCCGGGCAGCGCAGGGCCACCCGCGCACGUGGAAAUGUUCGCCACGUGCUCCGACGACGACACUGUCCGACUUUGGUCCUUCCCUGUUAAUAAAUCGACUCUCAAAUGCAAUGAACUCUUUUCCAAUGGAAUGGAGGACGUCAGCAUCCUCUACACCGACAGCAGCUACACCAACCUCUGUUCCGAUGACCGAACCUCCAGUGGUUUCGGACCGACUUACUUUGGCCAAGGUAGCAGCACACUGAAUCUUUCGGCACCGGGCAGCCCAGCCCUAGUGAGGUCCGGCUCCAGCCGAUGGAACAGCAACGUAAACAUCGUCGCAGCCGUAGCCUCACAGGGUCCUGUCGGCUUCGGUCUUCGAUGUGUCGCGAUUUCGCCUGAUGGGCGACACUUAGCCGUCGGCGACAGGGCUGGCCAACUGAGGAUCUAUGAUUUCAAUAGCUUCAAACUGCUGCACAGUAUUCGUGCCCACGAUGCGGAGAUCCUUUCAAUAUCGUACUUCGACUCUAAGCAAAUCCCUGGAAUGUCACUGUUGUGUACUUCGUCUCGCGACCGUGUAAUCCACGUGUUUGCUCCGAGGCAGGACUACUCGCGCGUGCAAACUCUGGCGGACCACUCGGGCAUCGUCAAUUCCGCCCUGUUUGUCGAGUGUGAAGAAAACAGGAAAAUUUACCUCAUCUCCUGCGGUGCCGACCGUUCCCUCCUCUUCCGAACUCUCACUUUGGACCCAGAAAGCCAGACAGCCCGGUUUGUGAUCGAUCAUCACAUCUCCGUAACGCAUUCUUACGCAUGCGCAACCGUGGUUGGCCCGUCUGCCCCCAACCUCGACGCGACCAGCCUAAAUGCCACGGCACCGUCGCGUCUGCGCCAGUACCUGGCUGUGGCCUGCCAGGACAGGCAGAUGCGACUCUACCGAGUAAAUAAAGCUCGACAGUUAUUCAAUUAUCGCGCCAGCACCUCCGAAGAUGGCGCACCCGUUUGCUGUGCUGCUGAUCCCACAAGCACGUUAGUAGCUACUGCAGGUUCGGACAAACAGAUCAACCUUUUCCACCUCUUCACUGGCGAGCACAUCGCCACGCUCAAUGGCCACGCGGACGUGGUGAUGAGCCUCCUCUUCUUGCCGGAUCUUCGACAUCUCGUCAGCGUGUCUUGCGAUUCCUGUGUCUUUGUGUGGCGCCUCGCUCCCGAGUUGACUGCGCUCAUGAUUGACAGGCAGCUGCGGGUUGCGGCUGCCUUGCCUGCUCGAGCUCCCAGUUUGGAGGCAUCUCCCACCAACGAGUGCCUUUCUUCCGCCGAUCCUUUGUCCUUUGUCCAGGUGGUGCGCGGCGGCGGCGGCGGCGGCGGCGGCGGUGCUGUUGCCACGCCUCACCUGGAAGGGGGUUACGCUAAGACAACGAGUGCUAGUGUUGGCGAAAAUCUAAAGGCUUCAACGCGCACGUUUUGCUACAACGAAAAUGAUCUUCCCUCCUGGGCCCGUGAAAAGCAUCUCUCCGAGUCUGACACCGAAUCAUCAGAUUGCCACACCGUACCCGGACGGAAAGUCAAGCGUUCCUUAACUGGAAGUCUGACCCCAGCCCCUGUUCGUACCCACAACGUAGCCAGAUCGAAUAGCGAGCGCUCAAAGCUAAAGUUAACAACGAAGCGCCAACGCAAUCGGACCAUCGGUGCAAGUCGCUGCGGUAGCCUUGGGCGCGGUUGCACCUACUUAGGACAUCGAUCUUCAAGCGUUUGUACUGAUGAAGACUCGGACAGCGCAGCCAUGACGUCCAGCGGGACCUUUCCUCGAUGGGCUUCGAGCGCAGUGAAUUUGGCCGAAGCGAGUCCCUUCGAGCCUCCUGUCGCGAAGGACGAUCAAACCAUCCCCUUGCGGGAGCCAACAUCUUGUCCCCAAAAUUUGGGUCCGUCAACCGAGUCAUCCACUACUGGUGCAGAUCGUCUCAACGAACUCCAAAUCAACAGCCUUCAAGGCGGCCGCCCUUCGUUUGACGACUACCACACGAAACUAAGUCGAGUCGAGGAAAUUUGUGACAACGAACUGGAAAAAAUGGUGAUUGGCGAACCUGGGCGACCGUCUUCGGCGAGGGCGAGCUGGCUGGAGUCGGACACCGGCGACGCUGCGACCCCGUUCUGCGGACCAAGCGAAAACCAUGGCGCGGCGCUUGGUCACAGGCCAUUAAUUCGGCGAAGGCUUCAAGAAGAGAGGCCUUUUGCAGUCAGUGAUGAUCCGAAAUCUGUUGCAUCAAAAGACCUCAAUUCCGGUCAUGGUGAACGUGACAGUCUUUCAGAAACCGAUGAUAAUAGCUCAUCGAACCUCUCAACCUCCACCUCAGACUCCCAAUCAGCCCUCAAUUUUUUGUCGAACGUCCGUGAAGCUCUAGACGCAGCUGCUGAUCACUUGGCUUCUAUCAAUGACAAAAAUGUCGUCUCCUUAAGUCGAGAAUUUUUCUUGACUGAGUUGGAUUGGCGGGUCGCGAGGCUGAGGAGCAUCCUUCACAUGGAGGCAGCCUUCUCCUCCGCCAGCUCCAACGUCCUGCGUUCCGAGGACCCCUCGCAGUUGGCCGUGGCAAAACUCGUCGAGCGCAUAAUGCCAAGCAUUCGAAGCGCGGUGGCAGAGACCCUGACACCAGGCACUGGCGAUGGCAACGAUCACAUGUCUCCUCGAGCUGGCGCCAUGGAGCUUUCAGUUGAACUACUUCCAGCAGACUGA